GAGUCUUCAUUUGCAUACAGGCUCUAUAAGUAGCGCAUAACCAGCCCGUUUUGCGGUAGUUCGGAUUACUUCUUUAAGUCUCUGUUCUCUCUUUUCGCGCAAAAAUGCCGGAUCCAGCGAAAUCCGCUCCUGCUCCCAAGAAGGGCUCCAAAAAGGCUGUUACGAAAGUGCAGAAGAAGGACGGCAAGAAGCGCAAGCGCAGCCGCAAGGAGAGCUACUCCGUUUACGUGUACAAGGUGCUGAAGCAGGUCCACCCCGACACCGGCAUCUCGUCCAAGGCCAUGGGCAUCAUGAACUCCUUCGUCAACGACAUCUUCGAGCGCAUCGCGGGAGAGGCUUCCCGCCUGGCGCACUACAACAAGCGCUCCACCAUCACAUCCCGCGAGAUCCAGACGGCUGUGCGCCUGCUGCUGCCCGGCGAGUUGGCCAAGCACGCCGUGUCCGAGGGCACCAAGGCGGUCACCAAGUACACCAGCUCGAAGUUAAUAGGACCCAUCCUUUGGAAGCAGGAAAGUGGCAUAGAAGGAGAAACUGAGUUAGAGAUCACUCACCCACUUGCCCAUCAACUGGAACUGCAAGAGAUCAGAGAAUAAAGAUAUCAGUUGGUCCAGGGAAAAUAAUGAGGAAGAGAGAAUUGGGGAGACAGAAUUAAUGUAGACUCUGAGGGAUCAACUCAGAUCUCUUGAGUUUCUAUUUCUCUUUCUCAAAAUCCAGUACUAACAGAACUGAACAAGCUACAGGUGGUUAUCAAGGAAACUUCACUGCGGUGCGUCCAGGCUUAAUGCUACCUCAGGGUUGCCCUUCCCAUCCUUUUCAUAAAAUAAACUCUAAUAAACCAUGGAAGCACAGAUACAAGUUGCUUCAUACUCAUGAGUUCUACCCAGAGUUACCACAGGAAGACAAAACUCUUGACUCACCACAGCCACAACCUGUACCCUUCUAACUGUCCCCUCUGAGUCCAACUUACCCCAAAGGAGCAGAGUUGUCAAGAACCACAUGUUGUCUCCAAGCUGGUGGGAGCAGUGAAAUCUGUAACAUGCACGAUAUUGAAGAGGUUCUGCUGGCGGCUCCAGAGCCAAAUUAGAAAAGAGGAAGGAAAUUGUCUUUUCUGACCAUUUUCAUCAUGUUCCUUUUCUGGGAAAUACAUCUCAAAUUCUUGAAACAUGCUUUCCCCAUGCUCAUACCUGUUAGCCCAUCUCUCCCAGUUUGAAUCUCUGAUUUUCAGGUUAUGAACUCUCAGAAUCCAGGGAAAAGGCUAAAGUUGUAUUGACAUUCUAUUCUAUUUUUACCCUCUACCGUUUCUGUUUCUUAGGGUUAGAAUAUGGCAAAACCUCACUCUUUAUAAUUGGUUCAAUGCCUGGCUAAUGCCUCCAAACAAUCAUUUGAAUCCAGAAGUUUCUAUAUCAGCCUCUAUGAGGCCAUGGGAAAAGUUACUCAUCUACAAGAGCUGCCCUAAUACAAACCAGCCUCUGCUCCUCUAGGGGACACAGACAGGAUCAAUCUCCCAUUUUGGUUGAAAAAGAAAACAAACUCUCUUCCUGAAAGACAUCAUGAAUUUGGAGUGUUUAUUUUGGCUAAAUCCAAGGUAAUUAAUUGCUUAAUGUGGAUGCUAUGGAGAAGAAAAAUAACUCAUGCACAUGGAUAGCAAUAUCUUCAAGAAAAGAGUUUCAGAGUACAAGUGGGGAGCUCUGUGCCACCAAACUGAGGUGGCUCCUGAGACAGAGUUGUAACCCCAUAAAAAGAUUUUUAGGUAUUGUGGUAAGAGAGAAAGAGAGCUAAAUGGAAACUAGGAUGAAUUCAAUGAGUGCAGAGAGACUUUGGCAAUCUUACUAGCAGAGAAUGAAAAAUGAUGACAAAUCAUGCUGUAGAUUGGUAUACUGGCCCCAGUUUGUCACCGCUCCCUGAAUCUACACUCUCUCCACAGCCUCAUGAGGGUACGUCUCUGACUCUUGACUGUGGCUCAUCAUGAGACUUUCAUUGGCCAGCGAAAUGUGAAUGGAAAUGACAUGGUGCUAAUUUCAAACUUAGCACUUAGGAAGCUUCACACAUUAUCUCUCACCCUCUUGUUCUCCUGUGAUUGCUGAGACAAGAACAUUUUUUAGCUAGUCAGCCACAGUGCGAAACAGAGCUGUCCUAGACAUUGUGGCUUGAGGCAGAGCUGCCUCACCUGCCCUGCAAACUUGUAAGUGAGAACUAAGUGCUUACCUUUAUAUGCUACUGAGAUUUUAAGAUUUCUAUACGAGCAAGAGCUGACUGACACAAAUGAAAAGCAAGGAAGAAAGGCCGGGAAGAACUCAGGGUGUUCUGAAGAGAUGAGAGAAGCCUCAGUUUGUUAAAAUUUAUAUUCAAAGCCUAUAUCUGUAACUAUUUUACUAUUUUGUCUCCAAAGUUUUCUACUGUAUGCAUGUACCAUAAUUUAUUUCACCAACUUCUCUUCAUGAACGUGUAGGUUAUUUCUAAUUUUUUACUGUGUGACCAGUAAAAAAGACUGCUUAC